GUUCGGUUUGGCACGAAUGAAAUAAUCAAAUUAUCAAAUCGUGCGUAACGUAGAAAUAAAUCAUCCUAAUGCAUCACAUCUUAAGAUGCACUGGAAUAUUUACAAACAACGAAUUGGUAAGAGAAGUCGAUAUUACGGCGCAUGCGCUUUUAAUAAACAUUAAGUUAUUUGACUCCAACCUGAUAUUUUGGGUUCCGGUCGUUAAAAUCUUAUUUAAUUCGUAAUAAUCGUUAUAGUGAAUUAAACAUGGGCAACCAAUUCGAAUAUGCAGCAGUCAUCGGUUGCAUUAAAACGCUCCUCUUCAUAUUCAACAUAUUAUUUUGGUUUUUAGGAUUACUCUUCCUAGCGGUCGGCUUCUGGGCGGAGUUUGAUCUCAGCAAUUACAUGGAAAUGUCACCGGAAUUUUCUGGAACUGCUCCUUACGUGUUCAUCGGCAUCGGCAUGUUAAUCCUUGUUGUUAGUUCGAUUGCCUUCUCCUGCAUAAUCAAGGCACAACCAGUCCUACUUUAUAUUUACAGUGGGUUUUUGGCGUGUACCACGAUGAUGUGCGUUGGACUAAUUGCGACGCUGGCAUGUUUCCGUCACACAUUCGCAAAGGCCUUAUACAAUGGAUUAAAUCAAGCAGUCAUCAACUACAGCCAACUUAAGACUAAUUUGGACUUUGCCCAAGUCAAGAUGCAUUGCUGUGGAGUAAAUAAUUACACCGAUUGGAUCCGGAUGUCGCCGCAACGUGUAAUCCCGGUCUCAUGCUGUCUGGACCCCAACAACUGCGUCACAGCUAAUUACAGUGAUGUUUUUCAAAGGGGUUGUUACCACGUGAUCGCAAAAACUAUCGACGACAAUGCGGAAAUAUUCGUGUUUCUGGCCGUCGCUACAACCAUUCUGCCGUCAUGUGGGACGAUACUAGCCUGCGUUCUUGCGAAUGUCGUUAAUAAAUCUAAAUACGACGCUAUGGAUUAAACAUCAAAGAAUUGAAAAAUCUAUUUGAUAUUUCCGGAUUUUUAUUGCCGAAUGUUCACUGAAUUUCAUAGGACUUCUAAUUAAAGACUAAAUCGAAAUCAAUCGAGCCCUUAAUGUAAGAUUCUCGAAAUUUUAAUAAUUGUAUGUGUUUACAGUGUUUACAUCGCGUUUAUAUAGGUGAUAUAUGGAUUUGAAAAACAAAAAUUAUAUCUAUUCUCCUAAAUCUUCAAGUAGUCGAUACUUUACUUUAACAUUGUUUUCCUAAGGACGUUUUAAAUAUAUAAAUGUUCAUUAAUUAUAUUGUAAAUACGUAAAUUAUUAUAAUCUGCACUUGUUAGUGUUAAUAGUUCUAAAUAUUAUACUUAAUUUUUAUUGUUAUUAAAUAUUUACUUGUGU